GGCUCUGCCCUCUCUUGUAGAGAGAGACAGAAGAAGACAAAGUUUCAACAUCAGCUCCCCAAAAGCGUGUGCACAAGACAUCUUGAAAAUAACCCACACCCAGAUCUGCGUCUAUUUAUGCCUGCUCUUGGCUUGUUUCCCAACCCAAUCAUAAUAGCCCCUUCCCGGUUCCGGUGACAAAGAGCUUCGAACGCCACCUACGAAUCAGUUCGUGAAUUUGAAAAUAUGCCUCUCCUUUCGCCUACUCCUCCCUGCAAGCACCCAUUGGUGGAGACCCCUACUCUACUUUUUUAGUCAAUGAGCAUAGUAGAAAAGAAAAGACACUGACACCGAUCACGUGAUCUAGCUCGUAGUCUCCAAUCCUACUCCAUAGUCACACUCACGCCUUCUUUUUCGAGUUUGGUUGCCCGUUGGCUCUUCUGCUCUCUGCAGUCGCUGGCUCCCUCACACACAGUUCAUUAUCCCCAUUUGCUUGCUCUUUUGCCGAGCACACUCUGGGGACGAUUCACAGGUCUCUCUUUCCAGAUCCGCUUCCCCGGGGCUAGGAAAUGGGUUUCAUUUCCCAGAAGAUUUUUCCGGCAUGCGGAAACAUGUGUGUCUGCUGUCCUGCGUUGAGGUCGAGAUCACGCCAACCUGUCAAGCGCUACAGAAAACUAUUGGCUGAUAUGUUCCCGAAAUCCCCAGAUGGGCAUCCAAGUGACAGGAAGAUUGUCAAAUUAUGUGAAUAUGCAUCAAGAAACCCAGUCCGAAUCCCUAAGAUUGCAAAAUAUCUUGAAGAAAGAUGCUACAAAGAGCUCCGAUCUGGGCACGUUAAACUUGUCAAUAUUGUGACAGAAGCUUUCAACAAAUUGCUUUCCAUGUGUAAGGUGCAGAUAGCUUACUUUGCUGUCAAUGUUCUAAACGUGAUUUCUGAGCUCUUGGGCUCUUCUAAGCAUGAUGAGAUUCGGACACUUGGAUGCCAAAUCUUAACGACAUUUAUCUAUAGUCAGGCAAAUGCCACAUAUACUCAUAACAUUGAGAAAUUGGUUAGGAAAGUAUGCAUCCUUUCACAGGAGCAUGGUGAAUCACAUGCUAAGUGCUGUUUGAGGGCAGCAAGCCUGCAAUGCCUUUCAGCUAUGAUAUGGUUUAUGGCUGAAUUUUCGCACAUCUUUGAUGACUUUGAUGAGAUUGUCCGUGCCACAUUAGAUAAUUAUGGGAGAGCCAGGCACAGUGAAGGCGCUGACAUCAGGGCAGAACCUCAUCAUAAUUGGGUGGAUGAGGUUGUCCGAUGUGAAGGGCGGGGUGGUGCAGUCAUUAGUAAUGAGAAUCGCCCUAGUUGCUUGUUUUCCCUGUCCCAACCUGAAAUCAAGGAUCCUUCCCAUUUGAAUAGAGAAGAAAUUGAGAACCCUGAAACUUGGGCUCAAAUAUGCAUUCAAAGAAUGGUUGAAUUGGCAAAGGAAAGCACAACCAUGCGCUGUGUACUUGAUCCAAUGUUUGUCUACUUUGACUCUGGACAUCAUUGGGAUCCUCAGCAUGGGUUAGCAAUGAUGGUUCUAUCUACCAUGGCACAUUUCACUGAUAAUUCAGACAAUCAGCUGUUAAUUCUGGCUUCUGUGAUUCGUCAUCUGGACCACAAAAAUGUUAUGCAUGAUCCCCGACUUAAAACUAGUGUCAUUCAAGUUGCUAGGGGUUUAGCUAUGCAAAUUAGGUCAGGUAGAGGGUUGGUGGAGGUUGGUUUUGUUGGUGAUCUUUGCCGGCAUCUUAGGAAAAGCCUUCAAGCCUCCAGUGAAUCAGUUGGUGAGCAAGAGCUAAACUUGAAUAUCAUGCUUCAGAAUUCUAUUGAGGAGUGCUUGCUAGAAAUUGCCAAAGCGAUUGUUGAUGUUCGGCCGCUCUUUGACUUGAUGGCAAUAACCCUGGAAAAUUUGCCACCUGGUAUCACUGCCAGGGCAACCAUUAGAUCAUUGAUAAUACUCUCUCGAAUGAUAGCUUUGGCUUUAGUCUGUUCGCAUGCAUAUCAGGCAUUCCCUGAAGUCCUUCUUGUGCAACUCUUGACAGUGAUGCUGCAUUCAGAUGUUGAGGCACGUGUUGGAGCACACCAAAUAUUUUCUAUACUUGUUUUUCCAAACUCUUACCAUCCUCAUGAAUGUUCAGACCAGCAUAAAAUACGGCAUGCCCAUACUUCCACUGCAUCUGCAUCUGCUUCAGUUAUAGCUUUACUUGAAAAGCUCCGCCGAGGUAGUGAUGGCACAAAGUCAGAAAAUCAUGGGCAAGCUUUUCAUGAUGAUUAUAAAGAGAGGGAUAAUGUGGAAGACUGGAAGCAGGGUUGUAGCUUGAAGAAUUCCCCUAAAUUUUACAGACUGAGCUCUACCAUUGAUAAGACUACUGCAUCAACAAGUCUGACCGAGACAGAACCAAAUGUCUUGAAGCUUGGUGAGGAUCAAAUUGCACAGUUGCUUUCUUCCUUUUGGGUUCAAGCCAAUCUUCCCGAUAAUUUGCCUUCAAAUAUUCAAGCUAUAGCUCACUCCUUCAUGUUAACACUAACUGCUUCACACACUAAGAACCUGAAUGAUAAAGAUAAUAACUUGGUGGUCCGCUUCUUCCAGCUUCCUCUUUCCCUCUGGAAUAUGUCGUUGGAACCAAGCAAUGGAAUGUUGCCUCCAGCUCGUCAAAGGUCUGUAUUGGUACUGUCUACAAGCAUGUUGAUGUUUGCCGGCAAAUCGUAUCAGAUUCAUGAGCUGAAUGACUUGUUCAAGUCAUUAGCAGUAUCUGAAAUUGAUCCGUUCUUGGGCAUCAGUGAUGACUUUCAAGUUUAUACUAAGAUCCAUGUGGACGCAAGAGAAUACGGUACUGCUGCUGAUAAUCAGCUGGCUAUGUCAACAAUUUCUGAGUUACAGAACACAAUAUGUGAAUACAAGCAGGCCAUGAAGGAUAUUUUGGUUCAAAAUCUGGCAAACAUCACUAAGCUGGAUGCUGAUAGCCUCGCUGCACAUUUGGAAGAAGCAUUCAGGCCUGAUGAAGAAUUUAUGUUUGGGCCAAAAUCAAUUAUUGAUCAGAAUCACAAGAUUAUGCAUUCCAAGGAAUCAUUGUCAUUUGAUGGGGAUUUUCUCUCAAAUUCGGUAGUUGAAGAUGAUGCUAUCAGUGAAGCAUCUGUUUCUGAUGUGUCUCGGUUUUUUCCUAAGAUGCCUGCAUCCCCAGCUGUACCCCCUCGUCUUAUCAGCAUUGGACAGCUUAUGGAAUCGGCACUAGAGGUAGCUGGUCAAGUAGCAGGAACAGCUGUCUCCACUUCUCCUCUCACAUACAAUGCCAUGGCUAGCCAGUGUGAAGCCCUUGGGACGUGUGCAAGGAAGAGGCUUUCAAACUGGCUUGCCUACGAGAACCAUUACAGUCAUCCAGUUGAUAAAUCACUCCUGGCAUUUAGUGAAAGUGGAAUUGCAGCACUUGAGAUAACAAAUGACGGUGGACAUGCCCAAGUAGCUGCAUUGCCAAGGGAUCCAUGGCUGGCCAUGAAGCUGCCUCCUGCAAGUCCAUUCGACAAUUUCCUCAAAGCCGCUAGGUGUUAGAUGACAUGAUAUUCUUCCCAACAGAAAUGUCUAGGAUCAGUAGCAUGAGUUUCAUCCUAAAACAAGAAUAUCACUUUAGGUGUGCCGACGCUUAAAUUUAUAUUUCUAAGAACUAACUAGUCUGGCCUAACUGCCCCAGCAUAUUACAUUGCAUUUACUUGUUUUAACCCAUGCUGAUGAAGUCCUGUACGUAUACUUCUAGAUAGGAGGGAAGAGCUGUAAACGGAUUAGGUGGGGCACCAUGGUUUACUGACUUGUUUGUGUAACGAAAUUCCUAACUUGGUACCUGUUCAUGGAGCCUAUAA